AUGUCGCCACCCUUUGGCGAAAAGACAGCACUGCAACACAUCCGGUGUAACGAAACAACCAAUCACCAGCUUAGACUUGUGCUAUAAAUACAACGUAAUUUCCGCCCAGCAGCCUCUUUUUUCCACGGUGUGGUCAGACUUCCAUACGGCGUUGUUUCGUGCUCUCCCAUCUUACUCGUAACGCAGGGAAAGCGGUCACGAUGUCCGGAGGUCUGGAUGUCCUUCAAAUGAAGGAGGAGGAUGUGCUGAAGUUUCUGGCUGCAGGAACCCACCUGGGAGGCACCAACUUGGACUUCCAGGUAGAGCAAUAUGUCUACAAGAGAAAAAGUGAUGGUGUGUACAUCAUUAACCUGAAGAAGACCUGGGAGAAGCUGCUGUUAGCAGCAAGGGCCAUAGUUGCAAUUGAAAACCCUGCUGAUGUGUGUGUCAUCUCCUCCAGAAACACUGGACAGAGAGCAGUGUUGAAGUUUGCUUCAGCCACGGGUUCUACCACCUUCCAUGGUCGUUUCACCCCGGGCACAUUCACCAAUCAAAUCCAAGCUGCUUUCAGAGAGCCCCGCCUCCUGAUUGUGACAGAUCCCCGCGCUGACCAUCAGCCACUGACCGAGGCUUCUUACGUCAACAUCCCCACAAUUGCCUUGUGCAACACGGACUCUCCACUUCGAUACGUGGACAUUGCCAUCCCCUGCAACAACAAGGGUCAUCACUCUGUGGGUUUGAUGUGGUGGAUGUUGGCCCGUGAAGUUCUUCGCAUGAGAGGCACCAUUUCCAGAGAACACCCCUGGGAAGUCAUGCCUGAUCUGUACUUCUACAGAGACCCUGAAGAGAUUGAGAAGGAGGAACAGGCUGCAGCUGAAAAGGCUGUUGGAAAGGAGUUCCAGGGUGAAUGGACGGCCCCUGCAGCAGAGUUUGCCCAGCCUGAGGUUGCUGAUUGGUCUGAGGGUGUUGCUGUGCCAUCUGUGCCCAUUCAGCAGUUCCCUGCAGGCACUCCAGCUGUAAAGCCAGAAGGCUUCACAGAGGACUGGAGCAAUCAGCCUGCCACCGAGGACUGGUCCACUGCUCCCACUGCCCAGGCCUCCGACUGGGGCGGUGCCACUUCCGACUGGUCUUAAAUGCUUACUGGCACAAAAUAAAAGUUUCAAACACA